GGACACCUGAUCGUCUGCUGCCUGUUUGAAAACCAGGAAGUGUUGCCCUGAUUUACCAGCCCACAACUUGUAUGGACAUUGACACACAGUCCAAGCCAAGUGCAUCCCCUUUAACUCUCGCAUGAAGAUUUGGCGUUCAGUACACACAUUCGUCCUUUCACCUCUCUCUCAAGAUGUCUGAGCAGGACUCUUCAUCUGGGUUUGCCAGCACUGUAGAGAACGGCACCUUCCUCGAGCUGUUUCCUACUUCGCUAUCCACCUCUGUGGACCCAUCCGCGGGCCACCUGUCAAAUGUCUACAUCUACGUGUCCAUAUUCCUCAGCCUCUUAGCGUUUCUGCUUCUGCUGUUAAUCAUUGCCCUUCAGAGGCUCAAAAACAUCAUCUCCUCCAGCUCCUCCUACCCAGAGUAUCCAAGUGAUGCCGGAAGUUCUUUCACCAACUUGGAAGUCUGCAGCAUUUCCUCUCAAAGGUCCACUUUUUCAAAUCUCUCCUCCUGAAGAACAUGGAAGAAUCCUAGAAUACAACUGCUUUAGAUUUUCCUCAUAGGAAGCAUCUCAAGAUGUGUUGUCUCAGGAGAGAAAAGACCUGUUGGCUUUAGAUCCAUUGCCCUUCUCCUCCAUCUCCACUGUUUUUUCUGUUUGGAUGCUUUGACCCUCAGUGGAGAAGUUGAUGCUGAUGGAAAUAAGGGCAAACCUCCAAGUGCAGAAUUGUGAACCAUGCUCUGGGAAAACCUGGAGCCAGCAUAUUAGGUGUGGGUCAAGUCAUUUCACUUCGUUGGAGGCUGAGGACCUGCUCAAGGCAGCUCCUAGGGGAGGCUGGAUCUGGACCCUCGGUUUUCUCCGCUGAUGAAACUGUGAGAUCAACGGCAACUGACAAAUCAUAGGAGCUAUUUUCUCUAUUUAAAAGUCACAGUGGAGACACUGAAGUAAGAAGAGAGGCAGUUUAGUUCAGAUUCUAAAACUGAGGGUAAAAAUAUGCUAAAUGUUUACUUUUCUUUCAACAAGUGAAAACCACAUAUAUGGAAGGAUGCAAGGCAUUAAAACGUUUUGGAGAAGUUUAACUUUCAAUAGCAGGAGAGAUACUUGUUCUGAUGCAGUUUAGGAUGCCUCUGAGGAUCCUUGGGUUUGUGGGUUUUUUGUUUGUUUUUUCAUUUCCACUUAAGUUGCAAAGCCAGAAUGCCCCAGAGUUAUGGAAUCCUUUGUGUUGAUGCUGUUUCUAAGAGCAGCACCAUAGAGAAACUAAUUUUUUAUCUUACAUCUGUAAUUUCCAUCUGCAGGAAUCAAGCAUAGGGAAAAGAAGCAUUUAGCUGUAUUUUAUGCAAUACUGUAACUCCUAGCAAUGGUGUCUAUUUCUUUAUUCAGUUUCAUAGUCUUCAUCCUUUAGUGCAGGACUAUAUCAAAGCUCCAAGAUGUCAGAUGUUUGUUAAUCCACAUUAGGUUGCAAACCUUCAAGAUUAAAUUGCUAAUACAUGUGUUACUGCAUAUUCCAUGAGCACUUUAUGUCUCUGGCAAGGGCUGUGCGUCAACUGCAUUAGGAUUCCAGGUUCUGUCUGGAUUUAUGUUAGAAUGUAGACGUUCAAGUUGUGCAGCUAUUGGGAGCUCUGGAUCCCAAGAGCUGCCAUGUUGUGCUCAGCCAAGUUCACCUGUAGUUGUGAGAAGUGGUGGUUAUCCAUGAAAUAUGACACACAUGUCAGCACAGGCAUAGCAUAUGGAGGAAGUCAUGCUGCUUCUAAAAACAAGCAAAGCCAGCCAACUUUAUCUUCUUACAAGUAAGAGUUUUAAUUUAAUUUUAAAAGUAAAUGGCCCUCGGCACUUAACGUAUUAAGGUGAUUGCAUUCGCACAGCAACCUGAUCGUUCCUUGUGCAAAACACUUGAGACCGGAGGGGCAUCAGCCCUGGCUCUGGGUGGACUGUGCACCCAGCGCACUGUGAGGGGACUGGAAUGGGAAGAGAAACCCACCAUUUUCACAGGACCUAUCUUUGUAACUCUGAGAUGUUGAGAGAGUAGAGAAGCAUAAGGCUGCUGCUGCUUUCCAAUCCCUGAGCCUUGCUGAAAUCAGACCACAUUUAACUCUUCUAUCUCAAAAUUGUUCCUGCUAACAUAUUCUUGCUCUGAAUGUGAAGCAACAUCAUGGGAGCAUAAUUUAGCAUUUUAGCAAACAGUUCAGUAUGUUUUGACACACACCAUAAUCGAGAAGAGAACAUUUCCAGUACCCUCAAAAGUCUGUCUUCUCCCUCUAUGGUCAAUUCUUCCAGCAACCAUCAGUGAUACAGUCAUUCAUCUCUUCUUAGUGCCUAA